AUGGGGCACAUAUCCAAGGUCUGCAAAUCCAAAAACAAAGCCUUUAAAUCUUCACAAGCUCAAUUGGCAGAUGCAGCUGAGGUACAGGAGGAGCAACUCUUUGCAGUUUCUUGCUUCUCAACGAAUGACCCCUCUGAUGCUUGGCUCAUUAACAAUGGUUGCACACAUCAUUUGUGCAAUAAUGCUGAGAUUUUCAGGAUCCUUGAUGAUACUUAUAAUUCUAGAGUAAAGGUGGGAAAUGGAAAGUUCUUGGAAGUCAAAGGAAGAGGGUCAAUGGUUGUUUCAAUAAUCUCAGAACUAUUCUAUGUCAAGAUGAACAACAAGAGUUUUGCGGUAAAUCUUGAAAAAGCAACUGAGCAGGCUUGUAUAAGUGCUUCACAAUUAGUUACAAACCUGUGGCACAGAAGGCUUGGUCAUGUCAAUCACAGAAGCAUUGCUGAGAUGAACAAGAAGGGGCUGGUGGAAAAUAUGCCUGAAAUUUCUUGUGAUGCUCAAGAGAAGCAAAAGGAUGCUCAUACUCCUCUCUAUCCAAAAGUGCAACCUCAACUUGCAGCAAAUGAAUUGGUGAAUGACUUACCUGUGAAGGGUACCAGAACCUUGGAGGACAUUUAUCAGAGGUGCACAAGCAGACCUGACAUUCUAUUUGCUGUAAGUUUGCUCUCUAGAUUCAUGCAUUCACCUAGAGAAACUCACCUUACAGCUGCUAAAAGGGUGUUAAGUUAUAUCAAAGGAACCAGCACACUUGGGAUUUUCUUUCCAGCAUCUGCAGGAAAGACCUUGAAGCUGGUUGGUUACUAUGACAGUGAUUGGGGUGGCUGUAUUGAAUACUCAAAAAGCACUUCUGGAUAUCUAUUUUCCUUAGGCUCAAGUUUUAGCUGGAAUUCAAGGGAACAAGAAACAACAACUCAAUCAAUAGCGGAAGCAUAG